CAAGCAAACCGCCAUCGAAAUCGAACAAUUGAAUGCACGCGUCGUUGAGGCGGAAACCCGCUUGAAGACCGAAGUACAACGCAUCAAGAAGAAGUUGCAGGUGCAAAUCACCGAACUGGAAAUGUCCUUGGAUGUGGCCAAUAAGACCAAUAUCGAUUUGCAAAAGGUCAUCAAGAAGCAAUCAUUGCAAUUGACCGAAUUGCAAGCACACUACGAGGAUGUACAACGCCAGUUGCAGGCCACUUUGGAUCAGUACAAUGUGGCUCAGCGCCGCUUGGCUGCCCUCAACGGUGAACUUGAAGAAGUCCGCUCGCAUUUGGACAGCGCUGUACGUGCUAAGCGCACUGUUGAAUUGCAGUACGAGGAGGCGCAGACCCGCAUCAAUGAACUGAGCACCGUCAACGUCAACUUGGUGUCGUUGAAGUCGAAGUUGGAGCAAGAAUUGUCGGUGGUCGCUGCCGAUUACGAGGAAGUCACUAAGGAGUUGAGAAUUAGCGAUGAACGUUACCAGAAGGUUCAGGUUGAGCUUAAGCACACCAUUGAGGUUGUGCAUGAAGAGCAAGAACGCAUCGUCAAAUUGGAAACCAUCAAGAAGUCAUUGGAGGUUGAGGUCAAGAACUUGUCCAUCCGCUUGGAGGAGGUUGAACUCAACGCUGUUGCCGGUAGCAAGCGUAUCAUCAGCAAAUUGGAGGCCCGCGUACGUGACUUGGAAUUGGAAUUGGAGGAAGAGAAGAGGAGACACGCCGAAACCAUCAAGAUCUUGAGAAAGAAGGAACGCACCGUCAAGGAGGUCAUGGUACAAUGCGAAGAGGAUCAAAAGAAUAUUAUUUUGUUGCAGGAAGCUUUGGACAAGUCUGUCGCCAAGGUUAACUUGUUCAAACGUCAACUCGCCGAACAGGAGGGCAUGUCUCAACAGUCCGUGACACGCGUACGCCGUUUCCAACGUGAACUCGAAGCUGCCGAAGAUCGUGCCGACUGCGCCGAAACCAAUUUGAACAUGAUUCGUGCCAAGCAUCGUACAUUCGUCACCACCUCCACUAUUCCCGGCUCCCAGGUUUAUAUUCAGGAGACAACAAGAACGAUCACCGAAUAAAUUAGAUAUUCGCACAUUUAAGAAAACCAAAAACAAAACAAACAACCAAAAAACAAAAAAAAAACAACAACAACAACAUCAUAAAACAAGUGAACAUUUUUAUUAUAAUUUUAAAGUUUACGUACGAAGUAACGUAGGAGAUAAUGAAGAAAAGCGCAACAACAACAACAACAGCGAAAACAAAGAAUUAGAAAGAACUGUAUGGAAAAUGGCAAAUGAUGAGAAGAUCAGCAACAA